UUCGUACCCCUAAGGAGGCGACGGGUCGCUGGUAUAAGAAUAAAUACUGUCGAGUCUCCGUAGCUUCCAACCCUUGGUCAUAUUGCUCCGCCAUUUAUAAUCUCUGCAACGAGUACCGAGAUGUCUGCUAAGAGUCUACCAGAGAUAGUCCUUGUUCCGGGGGCAUUUGGAACAGCCGCCUGCUACGACAAGCUACUGCCGUUCCUCAAAGAAGCCGGUUUCUCAACACACCCAGGGCCAUACCCUAGCUAUAACCAUGCCAACCCAGCUGAAGCGACUUGCAUAGAUGAUAUUACCUCUCUCCGCAACAAUAUCAUCCUACCUCUGGUAGAAGAACAGCAAAGGAACGUCGUCAUCAUUGCGCAUUCGUAUGGCUGUGUCCCUGCUAACGCUGCAGCUAAGGACCUCGACAAGCAGACCCGAGAAGCGCAAGGUAAAAAGGGUAGCGUGAUUGGACUAAUAUUCAUAGCGGGCAUAAUCACUCUGGAUGGCGAAACUGCGGUUGAGGCGAUGGGCGGACUACCGCCGUACGUGCGAAUGGAAGGGGAUACGGCGUUUGUAAAAGAAGCAAUGCACUACCUGUACCACGACUGCGACCCCGCCAUGGUAUUCGAGUUAGACAAGCACCUAGCUGGCCACGCGGCUCCGGCCCUUGCUACCAAGCCCACAGCACCGGCGUGGGCGGACAGUGGCUUUGAUGGAAGAAGAGUGUACCUGCGAACGCUAAACGACCGAUGCAAGCACCUAUCGGAGCAGAACCAGUGGCUUAAGAAGACGAACGUGGAAUGGAAGGUGAUGGACUACGAAACUGGCCAUUAUCCGUUUCAUAGUCAGCCUAAAGCUGUAGCGGCACAUAUCGUGGAGUGCAUCAACGACUUCGUCUCAUUGUAGAUCAAAGAGCGGACAUUAGGGUGCUAUGGUAUCAGACGUUGAGGUUUAGUAAAUACCCCCUCACAGAACAAUUUGCAUUGUUCUCAGAGCUAGACCUUAUCUAUUACC